AUGAGCAUCACGCACGAGGAAUCCGCCAUCACACAAGUUUCCUCCAAGGAAGAAACUACCAACCUCGAGGAACAACAACAACAACUCGUGGAAGAAGACUCACAGUCCGACAUGGAAUUGUUCAGGACAGACAGUCUUGUAGAGGGUACUCCACUGGCUGGAAACCAAUCACCGCAAUACGAUGCCUUUUUACAAUCCCUCUCGAACAACAUCACUUCCUACCUCUCAAAACACCCAAGACAAACCAACUCGAAAUCUUCCGGGGAUACUCAGAAAGUCUUGAUGCCGCGACCCGACAAGCCUUCCAGAAUUCAACGAAGAAGACAGAAGCGAGGCAAACGUACAAAGCCUUGA